UCCGCGCAUCCCUCCAUCUCCCCGUGCAUCCCUCUGUACAUCCUUCCCCGCAUCUCCCCGCACCUCCUGCCCCCCCCAACACCGGCAGGGCCGCUCCUGCGCCGGUUAUGGCGGGGCGGCCGCGCUUCCUCUGCGGCGUGGUGGAAGGUUUCUACGGAAGACCAUGGUCUAUGGAGCAGAGGAAACUCCUCUUUGAAUGGCUGAGGCGCUGGGGGCUGAACUGCUACAUGUACGCGCCCAAGGAUGAGCUGAAGCACCGGCUGCUCUGGCGAGAGCCCUACACGGAGCAUGAGGCAGCCCACAUGUGUUCUCUCAUCGAGGCUGCCCAAGAGCAGGGUGUGGAGUUUGUUUUUGCCAUCUCUGCUGGCCAGGACAUGGUGUUUUCAAGUGCUGGUGAUCGGCUCCUGCUGCAGCAAAAACUCAGGCAGGUGGCUGCCAUGGGGUGCCGGUCCUUCGCGCUGCUCUUCGACGACAUCGACCCCUGCAUGUGCCAAGCUGACAGAGAUGCCUUCCCCUCCCUGGCACAGGCUCAGGCCUCUGUGGCCAACGAGGUGUACCAGGAGCUGGGCCAGCCCCCCAUCUUCCUCUUCUGCCCUACAGAGUACUGCAGCUCUCUGUGCUCUCCCAGCCCCAGCCAGUCCUGCUACCUGCUGACCAUCGGCCGGGAGCUGCUCCCAGGGAUCAGUGUCAUCUGGACCGGUCCCAAGGUGGUGUCGCAGGAGCUCUCAGCCGCGCUGCUGGAGGAGGUGGAGGGUGUCCUGCGGCGCCCGCCCAUCAUCUGGGACAACCUGUACGCUAACGACUAUGACUGCAGACGCGUCUUCCUGGGCCCCUACACGGGACGUGCCCCUGGCCUCAUGGCCAGGCUCCAGGGACUGCUCCUCAACCCCAACUGUGAGCUCCAGGCCAACUUCAUCCCCAUACACACACUGGGCAGCUGGUUUCGGAGCGAGCUGGGGAGCUGUGCCCACCCUGACCAUGCAGGGAUGGAGCCUGCGGCAGCAGGCGGGGACAGCCAAGGCCCGCAGGAUGGGAGCUACAGCCCCCAGGAAGCCUUGGAACUGGCGCUGCGUGACUGGGUGGCUGAGAUAAACCGGCAAGCCUUGGAGCCAGGAGGAAAGACCCCGGGACACGCCAGAGUCAGCCUCAAGGAAGGAGCGCAGCUGGAGCCUGGCACAGUGGGACAGGACGUCCUGCCCGACCCCCUGCCCCACGGCUCUGUUCCUGGUGGGACGGGCCAGCAUGGCCCAGAGCCGUGUGGCACGGCACCAGAGGAGGGGAGGAGGAAGGUGACCUUGGAGCCUGAGCGGGACAGUAGGAGCAGGACCCGUGCUGGUGGUCAGCCCAGCCCUGCACGGGACAGGGACCAGCUCACCACAGGGAGCACAGAGAGCUGCGAGCCCGCCUCUGCUCUGCCCAGCGCAGCUGGGACUUCCCAGUCCACAGGAGCCCCAGAGGCUACCGAGACCCUCCACAGCCCAGGGCCCCCCAUGUGCUGCAGCGAUGGGACCAGCACUGCCCAGAACCUUCUGCCCACUGGUGAUGCCAGGACAGGGGGUGGCAGCUCACCCCAGCCCUGCAGCAGCACCCAGCCUGAGGCCAGUAGGGCUGAUAUGCCCCAGACACGCUCAGGGCCUGGGGCUGCUGCCAGCCCAGUCCCCCCAGCACUGGUCAUUACUGAGGGUGGUGCCAGCCCAGUCCCCCCAGCACCGCUCAUUGAUGGGGCUGGUGCCAGCCCUGGCCCCACAGCAUCAUUGACCCCAGAGGAGGCCAGGUCCAGCCCCAUGUCCCUGCUGACCCUGGAGGAGGCUGUGUCUGGCCCCACGGUAGCACUGACUCCCAAGGAGGCCAGGACUAGCCCCACAGCACCGGUGACCCCAGAGAAGGCUGGGUCUGUUCCUAUAGCACCACUGACCCCAGAGAAGCGCAGGUCCAGCCCCACGGCACCACUGAUGCCAGACGAGCCCAGGUCCAGCCCCACGGUACUUUUGACCCCAGAGGAGCCCAUGUCCAGCCCCACGGCACCGCUGACCCCAGAGGAGCCCAGGUCCAGCCCCACGGCACCACUGACCCCAGAGGAGCCCAGGCCCAGCCCCACGGCACCGCUGACUCUGGGGGAGGUUCGGAUGCUGGUGGAGCUCUUCUACCUGCCCUAUCACCAUGGGCCGCUGGCGCAGCAUCUCCUGGAGCACUUUCAGUGGCUCCAGGCAAACAGCCUCAGCGUGGGGGUCUCUGCCGCGGCACCCAGCGCCGGUGCGGGCCGGUGGCGCAGCCGAGCACAGUCCUUCGCGCGGCUCUGCACCCAGACCUGCCGCCUGCACGUGCGUCUGGUGGGUGCUGCUGGGCGGGCGCUGCUGUACGACCUGCACCCCUACCUCUGGGACAUCCGCAACGUGCUGCUGGCCGCCAGCGCCUUCAUCCAGUGGCUGGAUGGCCAUCUGCUCUGCGAGCCUGGCCCCAGGGGCACCUGGGGGAGCUGCUUUGGCUGGUGCCAGAGCAUCACGGCCCCGAUCCUGCUGCAGGGGGAUGCUGAGCCCUGGGCACAGCGCGGGGGCCUCUUUGGAGAGCUGCAGGCGCUGCUGCCUGUGGGGAACAGCUCUGACCUCUUCUACCAGCCACCUCCGCUCUUCCCGUCCCGCCAGCUCUAUGUCCUGCGCCCGCUGCUGCCCCAGGACAAGGGAGAGCUUUACCGCAUGUGCCGGGAGGGUCUGGACUGUGACCCCAAAGUCGCAGAGAUCCUUGUGGCCCACCCCGACCUGCUCGGUGACAGGCUGCUGGGCAGCUUCCUGAGCCUGAGCCCCGAGUACACAUUUGUGCUGGAGGAUGAGGCUGGUCCCUGUGGCUACGCUGCCGGUGCACUCUGCGCUGAAGGCUUCCUGCAGCAGCGAGACCACGGCUGGCUGCCAGCCAUGCGGCACAAGUACCCCCGGGACCUGGCCACAGGAGCCCCGGCUCUGGGCCAGGAUGCCCUGGAGGAAGCGCUGCUCUUCUUCCACACAGAGCCAGCGGCCGUGCCCCUGCCUGUGCUGCGGCGCUUCCCCUCCCUGGUGCAGCUGGGCACGGCCACACGCACGCUGGACGCGGGGGCCAGCCGCAGCCUGGCCCUCUGCCUGCUGAGCGCGCUCAGGGCCAAUGGGUCGCGGGGAGUGUUUUGCCAGGUCAGUGCCGCCGACCAGCAGCAGCUGAGCUUCUACAGCAAGCUGGGCUUCGUCGCCCUGCCAGUGGCCUGGGACGGUUGUCCCGGUGCUUGGCUCCUGGGACGUCUCCUCUGAGCACUCUGCGUUGGGUGCGGGCAUGGGGAGGAAGUUCCAGAGGCAGGCUGGUACCCGUCCCGCACAGAGGGAGCAGGGGCAGAGGGGCACCAUGAGCAGGGCAGGUACACGUGAUGGGGACAUGGCCUGGGGGGGAGCAGGAUGUCACAGGGAUGCAUGCAGGGGACGGUCCUUGGGCGACAGAGGUAUUUUUGCCAUCUCAGGAGAGAGGCAUCAGGGCCCCUCUGCUCUGCCCCCAGCUGUUCCUGCUUGCUGAGCGCCCUCUGCCUUUGCUGGGGAGCCAGCAACACGCCUGUGCUGACUGCAGACCUCCAAGCCUGGCAGGAGCCACAUGGGCAGUAGUUAGGUUGGUGGUCUGGGAGCGCGGCACAGUGCAUUAGUGUGAGGGCUCUCCAGAUCGCUCCAUCCCCAGUGUGGCCCUAAGCUGGGCAGCUGGUGCUGGGGCUGGCCCUCAGCAUCAAGGAUCUGCCUGUCUGUAUGGACUGACCUGUAUGGGGCACAGUGAGGCAGCCUCCAUCUCUACUGCCUUGGGGGCUGAGGGAAGUGCUGUCCAUGUCAAUAAAGCAUUUGCUGGGCUCUCAC